AUGGCUUACGCCGAUGAUGCCGUAAGAGCAAAGCUCUCGGCCUUGAACGAAACCCAAGAUAGCAUCGUCAGCGUCGCUCAAUGGAUCAUCUUUCACAGACGACACGCAGACCGUACUGCCGAACUGUGGCUCGAAAGGCUCAAGGAUUCGAACCCUCCGAAGAAAGUCAAUCUCAUCUAUCUCGCCAAUGCAAUCAAAGGCACGCAAGAAGGACGACUUCCUUGUGGCCUUCANAUCAUUGCAGAAGCCACAUCCUUGGCCUACAAGAGCGGCACCCAGGACACUGGCGGAAAGAUCAAGCGUGUUGUAGAAGUCUGGCGUCAGCGCAGCAUCUUCGACCUCGCCAUCCAGGAUACUAUCGAGAAGCGCAUUCAAGAGGUCGACAAGUCACGCACAGCUCGUUCAGGCGGCGCACGUCUCGGUAGUUCUCUCCUUGGUGGCUCUCUCUUCUCCAACUCUUCUUCUUCGCCAGUACCACCCGAGCUACAAGCCCUGGCACAACCGCAGUCCUCCCUCUCUCGCUCCGAAACUGCCGCUCAACCUCUCAUCCAGACCGCAAACACCGAGUACGCAAAGCUGACAGACCCCAACACACCUAUACCCAGUCCUCCUGUUCAUGCCGCUCGUCUAUCAUCGCUUCUGAAGAAUCUCGCGGCUGCAGAGGGCGCCGUCGAUGCUAGCCUCAAGGCCCGUAACGAGCUCAUCGCUGGUCUGGAGAAGUUGCUCGACGCCAACAAAUCCAAGCUGGCUGAAGAACAGAAGACACACUCGGAACUUUCGUCCCGUCGCGCUACCAUCGAGGUAAAGAAGAAGGAUGUCGAGGACGGCAUUAUGCGUGGUCUGUCCGCUGAUGCUUCGGCCGCCGUCUCCUCUGGCCUAUCUGCCAAUCCUCGCCCUACUGGAAACGACGGCAGUCCUGAAGUCGAGUCUUUCACCCCACCUNNCCCCCCUGAUGUCGAGAACUUCACGCCCACUGGCUCUCCCGAGCCCGCCUAUCCUGCAGACGACAACGCAUACGACCAAGACUUCUUGGAAGCAAACACUUUCGCCGCAGACUCCAACCAAGAACAGGAACCCAUACACACCGAGCCCGCUCCCUCAUUCGAGCCUCCCCCAGCUCUUCAAACCAGCAUUCCCGCCAUGUCUGAGGGUGCAAACAUGCUACUUAGUAGCCUGGCCCGUCCCGCAUCGAACAGCCCCGCCGCUACUACUGAUCCCAGGCUGAAGAGAAGAAAGAUGAAUCACAGCUCCGAAAUGGAUGAGGAGCUCUUCAGUACUGGUGAGGGUGUCGGUCUGGAUAAGGAUGUUGCUGCCAUGCUCGGUGCCCAGUGA